CUGUGUGUCUGUGUGUGUGUGUGUGUGUGUGUGUCUGUGUUGUGAUUUGGGCAAGAAAAAUGAAGCCAUUUACGUGCCUGUUCCCGUUUGCUCUCCUCUCCCACUUUGCUCUGGGCAUCGGCUCCAUCGACCACCACGAGCGAGGCAGGGAAGCCAAGUGCGAGCCCAUCGAGAUCCCCAUGUGCCUGGGGAUCGGCUAUAACCUGACCAGGAUGCCCAACUACAUGGGCCACGAGAACCAGCGAGAAGCAGCCAUCAAACUGCACGAAUUCGCUCCCUUGGUGGAAUAUGGCUGUCACGUCCACCUCAGGCUAUUCCUCUGCUCACUCUAUGCCCCCAUGUGCACCGACCAGGUCUCUACCUCCAUCCCAGCCUGCAGGCCCAUGUGUGAGCAAGCCAGGCAGCUUUGUGCCCCUAUCAUGGCGCAGUUCAACUUCGGAUGGCCCGAGUCCCUGGACUGCAGCAAACUGCCCACACGGAACGACCCCAACGCUCUGUGCAUGGAAGCCCCUCAAGAGAACGUUACCGUGGAGUCACAGAAGGGGCAGGGGAUGCUCCCAGUGGCUCCCAGACCCCGGCCGCCCGGAGCAGGGGACGGGAGGAACCAAGGCACCCUGGGAUCAUGUCCCAAUCCCGAUAAAUUCCAGUACGUGGAGAAAAGCCUGACCUGCGCCCCCAAGUGCGCGGCUGGAGUGGACGUCUACUGGUCCAAGGAGGACAAGGAGUUUGCUUUCAUCUGGAUGGCCGUGUGGUCCACCCUGUGUUUUAUCUCCACCGCCUUCACCGUCUUGACCUUCCUAUUGGACCCUCAUCGUUUCCAAUACCCAGAGAGACCCAUCAUCUUCCUCUCCAUGUGCUACAAUGUCUACUCGGUGGCCUUCAUCAUUAGGUCUGUGGCCGGGGCGGAGAACAUCGCCUGUGACCGGGAGAACGGGGAGCUGUACGUCAUCCAGGAGGGCCUGGAGAGCACAGGUUGCACCAUAGUCUUUCUCAUCCUCUAUUACUUUGGGAUGGCCAGCUCCCUGUGGUGGGUCAUCCUCACCCUGACAUGGUUCCUGGCAGCCGGGAAGAAAUGGGGGCAUGAAGCCAUCGAAGCUCACAGCAGUUACUUCCACAUGGCGGCCUGGGGGGUGCCGGCCAUGAAGACAAUCAUCAUCCUCACCAUGAGGAAGGUUGCGGGGGACGAACUGACCGGCCUGUGUUAUGUGGGCAGUAUGGACGUCAGUGCCCUGACUGGCUUUGUCCUGAUCCCACUCUCCUGCUACCUGGUGAUCGGCACCUCCUUCAUCCUCACCGGCUUUGUGGCUCUCUUCCACAUCAGGAGGAUCAUGAAGACGGGCGGCACCAACACGGAGAAGCUGGAGAAGCUCAUGGUGAAGAUCGGGGUCUUCUCUAUCCUCUACACCGUCCCCGCCACCUGCGUCAUCGUCUGCUACUUCUAUGAGCGUUUGAACAUGAAUGUUUGGAAGCUCCUGGCCGCAGAGAGACCCUGCGAGAGCUUCUCCGGGAGGAGGACACUGGACUGCACCCUGGACAGCUCAGUGCCCACCGUGGCCGUCUUCAUGCUGAAGAUCUUCAUGUCUCUGGUGGUUGGCAUCACCAGUGGUAUCUGGGUCUGGAGCUCCAAGACCCUGCAGACCUGGCAGAGCCUGUGCAGCAGGAAGCUGGCCGUCAGGACACGAGGGAAGCCCUGCAGUGGGGUCAACUGCUCGGCCAGUCACUGCCACUACAAAGCUCCCACUGUCAUGGUCCACAUGGGCAAGACAGACCCUUACCUUGACAACCCGGCCCAUGUAUAGCCAGCCCAGCCCACAGGUAAAACACCCGUCACAAACAGCUCCAGCCGGGCACACAGCCAGCCAUCAGAGGAGUCCGUCACAGCUCCCAGAGGUUUAAUGCCCCCCCAUUAAUAACUUGACUCUUGAUGCACAGGUGUGCGUGUGCGUGGGGGGG